UUCGACAAAAAUAUAGUCUGCCGUAAGUCGUCGGACCGUUCAGUCUUUUUCGUUCGAACAGUGCUUAACGAGUAGUGUGUUAGACCGCACACCUUUUUUUAAUUCCUUAAGACUCUUUACCUAAAACCACAAAUACACCAUGGCUGAUGAAGAGAAAAAAGCAGCAGCACCGGCACCAGCAGCAGCUCCAGCUGCCGCACCAGCGGCGGCCGCAGCACCUGCAGCAGCUGCGGCUCCAGCCAAAGCAGCUGCCCCUGCUGCGGGAGCGGCUGCCCCUGCUGCUGGAGCAGCUGCCCCUGCCGCAGGAGCAGCAGCACCAGCUGCCGGAGCCGCCCCAGCCGCUGGAGCGAAGGGCGCUGCAGCAGCACCCGCAAAGAAUGGCAAAGUCGACGAGGCUAAGAAGGCUAAACAAGCCGAAAUUGAACGCAAGCGUGCUGAAGUACGCAAGCGUAUGGAAGAAGCCUCCAAGGCUAAGAAGGCCAAGAAGGGUUUCAUGACCCCCGAAAGAAAGAAGAAACUCAGGUUGUUGCUCCGCAAGAAAGCCGCUGAAGAAUUGAAGAAAGAACAAGAACGCAAGGCCGCUGAACGCAGACGCAUCAUUGAAGAACGUUGUGGUAGCCCCAGGAAUCUCAGUGAUGCCAGCGAAGACGCACUUAAGACCAUUUGCAAACAGUACCACGAAAGAAUUGCCAGUUUGGAGAACCUUAAGUACGACUUCGAAUACGUUGUCAAGCGCAAGGAUGUUGAGAUCAACGAUCUCAAUGCCCAAGUUAACGAUCUUCGCGGCAAGUUCGUUAAGCCUGCUUUGAAGAAGGUUUCCAAGUACGAAAACAAAUUCGCCAAGCUCCAAAAGAAGGCUGCCGAAUUCAACUUCCGUAACCAACUUAAGGUUGUCAAGAAGAAGGAAUUCACAUUGGAGGAAGAAGAGAAGGAGAAGAAACCCGACUGGUCCAAGGGCAAACCUGGUGAUGCUAAGGUAAAGGAGGAAGCUGAAGUUGAAGCCUAAGUGUUCCCGAUUUAUACUAUUAUGACCGUAUCCCGCCCUAAUUUUAAAUAAAUCAUUUAUAACUUUUUUCAACCAAUGUACAUCUAAAUUAUAUGAAAAAGAAAAAAACAGAAAACAUUAAAAAAAAAACACCAUAAACACAUCUUUAUUUCUAAAUUUAUAAAAAUACAUAAGAAAACAUACAAACAUGUAGCAUCUAUUUUAUCUUUAUGCAAGCAAUGAUUGAUGAUGAUGAUGAUGAUGAUGGCACGACAAUCCCAUGUUUAAGAAAUUCUAUUAGUAAAGAAAUAAAUCAAAGAAAAUAGAAAUCGCAGGAAAUUAUUGGCAUAUUCCCAAACAACCUGAAAAUAAUUUUUAUGCACAUUUCCAAACCAAAAAAAAACAACAACAAUAUAUAUGUAUAUAAAGCACAUUUUCAA